AGCAACAUAAUAUUUAACUUAUCUCGCAAGUUGCCCUUUUCACCCGAAUAGAUUCGUUAUACCUAUAUUAGUUAUCAGCACUGAAAAACGGUUAAUCAUCAUGAGGUUAUAAUAGUCGUUGAGUUUUUUUGUUUUUUUUCAAAUGUUUGCUCCCCCGUCACUGGCGUUGAAGUAAAAUAUCUCAAAAAGCCACGUUUAUUAUCACUGGACGCUUAAUCUUGACGACUGUAAAGAAACCUGUUGGAAAUGAGCUAUCCUAAUUAUCCAAACUAUCCUAGUUAUCCUGCUUCCGCAGACGGUUAUCCAGCAGCACAACCGCAGCAGCCGUAUCCAGGUUAUCCUCCUCAGUCCAGUGGUUAUCCAGGAUACCCGACUGACCAAACACCGCCAUAUCCCGUCAGCCAACCCGGUUAUCCCAGCUACCCGCCCGCAAAUAAUCAAUAUCCACCAGCUGGCGGUCUCCCGUAUCCCGUGCAACCACAACAACAACAACAACAACCGUAUUACCCGGCACCAUCUCCUGCUUACCCGCAGUACAGCGCGAGUGCUCCGCAACAAGUGGCUUACCCGGGCGUUCUUCCUCCCCCAAUCGGUCUGCAACCCGCUUCUGCACCAGGUGGGAUAUAUCCAUCAAGCGCGCCAUUCGCUCCUUCGACAGUUGGCUACCAGCCGCAACAACAGCAAAUGGAACCAAAUAUUCCUACUGUACAUCCGGCUUCGCCGUUUGAUGCGCGAUCCGACGCAGAUGUCCUUCAUAGAGCCAUGAAAGGAUUAGGCACUGAUGAAAAGGCUCUCAUCACAAUAUUGUGCCAUAGAACUAGCAGUCAACGCGCUGCAAUCAAUCUAGCCUACAAAUCAGGCUACGGAAAGGAUUUAGAGUCGAAAUUGAGAAGUGAAUUGAGUGGCGCAUUUGAGAAAGUUAUGGUUGCCCUUUGCCUCCCAGUGGCCGAGUAUAUGGCUCGUGAAAUGUACGUGGCCAUCAGUGGAAUAGGCACCAGUGAAGGGACGCUCGUUGAAAUACUUUGCAGCGGGACUAAUCAGGAGAUCCGUGAUAUAAACGCAGCCUACGUAAGAUUGUACGGUCAUCCCAUGGAAAAGGACAUCAAAGGUGACACUUCUGGCGUCUUCAAAAUGCUUCUCGUGUCGUUGGCACAGGGUCAGAGAGAUGAGAACCAAAUGGUUGACGUAGCAAAAGCCAAGGCGGAUGCCCAACGCUUGUUCCAAGCCGGAGCGGCCAAAUUGGGCACGGACGAAAGUGCUUUUAAUUCGAUUCUAGCGACUCGCAGCUGGGCUCAUUUGCGUCAAGUCAUGGCUGAGUAUCAAAGUAUGCACGGCCACACUUUGGAAAGAGCUGUCGUUAGCGAGUUCUCAGCUAACGCUGAGAAAGGUCUUUUAGGAAUAUUGCAGUGUGCUGCAAACCGGCCGGGAUAUUUUGCCCAGCGCCUGCAUAACGCCGUUAAAGGAAUGGGCACAAAAGACCAAAAUCUUAUUCGCAUAAUUGUGAGUCGUUGCGACAUCGAUCUAGGCAACAUCAAACGAGAAUACGAGAAAAAAUUCAAUAGAAGUCUCCUUGCAGAUGUUUCGGGUGAUACAUCAGGUGAUUAUAAAAAGGCUCUUCUAGCUCUUCUUGGCUGAAAAAGCAUUCAGCUGCCAAAACAUCGAAGAGUUGUUCGUUAUAGCUCUAUAGCUUACUUUGGAUCGGUUUCGUUAUUUUUGAUUAUUUGCCUUUCUGAUUUGGUUGUGUUUACUUUAAAAUCUAUUUAAUUAUUGGGUGCCAAUCGUCAAGACACUGUUUUGCUUCCAAACUCUGAUUGCAUAGCUUCCACUGAGUCGAUUGGCUUCUAUACCACAUACAUCCCUGUUUCAGAGAAAUCCAAUAUAGUUAACUACAAGGAAAAGGAUUAUUAAAUUGCUUUUGACAUUUAAACCGCGUUGUGUAGACGUUGAGACGAAAUGCAACUGAGAUGGAUUAAAACCAUACAGUCAGCCCUGCAUGUUGGUGUGUUUUGGAAUAUAUUAGAAUUCAAAAAUAAAGGCAUCAUACUACGUAAAA